AAGAAUCUGGAAACUGUACCAAGGGAUGUACAACUCAACAGUAUAUGGUCAGCGUUGUGAUGAACCUUGUCCGAGCGGGUGUUUCAAUGGCACAUGUGAUCAAGAAUCUGGAAACUGUACCGAGGGAUGUAAAACUUCAUCAGUAUAUGGUCAGCGUUGUGAUGAAUCUUGUCCAAGUGGGUGUUUCAAUGGCACAUGUGAUCAAGAAUCUGGAAACUGUACCGAGGGAUGUAAAACUUCAACAGUAUAUGGUCAGCGUUGUGAUGAACCUUGUCCAAGUGGGUGUUUCAAUGGCACAUGUGAUCAAGAAUCUGGAAACUGUACCGAGGGAUGCAUAACAACAGCGGUGUAUGGUCAGCGUUGUGAUAAAUAUGCUUGUCCAAAUGGGUGUAAUAAUGGCUUAUGUGAUCAAGAAUCUGGAAAUUGUACCGAAGGAUGUACAGCUGCAACAGUAUAUGGUCAGCGUUGUGACGAACCUUGUCCAAGUGGGUGUUUAAAUGGCACAUGUGAUCAAGAAUCUGGAAACUGUACCAAGGGAUGUACAACUUCAAUAGUAUAUGGUCAGCGUUGUGAUGAACCUUGUCCAAGUGGGUGUUUCAAUGGCACAUGCGAUCAAGAAUCUGGAAACUGUACCGAGGGAUGUAAAACUUCAACAGUAUAUGGUCAGCGUUGUGAUGAACCUUGUCCAAGUGGGUGUUUCAAUGGCACAUGUAAUCAAGAAUCUUGAAACUGUACCGAAGGAUGUACAACUUCAACAGUACAUGGUCAGCGUUGUGAUGAACCUUGUCCAAGUGGGUGUUUAAAUGGCACAUGUGAUCAAGAAUCUGGAAAAUGUACCAAGGGAUG